GCACGACGCCAUGGAACGCGGAGCAGCAGCAAGUCCUCGACCUGCACUUAAGAAUGAUGCGCGACGAUCGCCCAAAGCUGGUACGGGUCGAGGGUCCGGCAGCGUCCGGAAAAAGCAACCUCAUUCAGGAGAUGGCAAUGCGGACGCGUCUCCACUACGAGGAUGACGACAGCGUUCUCGUACUCGCCCUGACCAACGCAGCUGCGGACGCGAUCGGCGGCCGCACCUUUCAUCGUGCCCUCGCCUUGCCCACUGACACGGCCUACGAGCCGCUGAGGAAGUCCGAGAUCAAAGCCCUGGGCCUCAGAGCCGUGAGGGUUGUCCUAAUCGACAACUUUCAACAGUGCAACACGCACAUUCUGAAAGCGGCGGACCGCCGAUUCCGACAGGCGUCGAGCGAAAACGGCGAUGAGCCGUUUGGAGGGCGGAUUGUGGUGGCGUGCGGGGACUCGAGCUCCUGGGGGCCCGUGCCGAGCAAACUGGACGGCAAGGAGCUAACCCGGCUGCAGAAGAUGUCGCCAGCCGUCCAGCUCCGCGCCACAUACUUCAGCAGCGCAUCCUUUGGUGCGGCCAUGGCGAGACUUGGUCACGGUGACGUCACGCAGGCCGACCGGCUGCUCUACAAGUCGCGGCUGCUGACCAGCUUGCCUCCAGAGGAACAGAAAGAGUUCCUUGCCGGGCCGAGGGUGAUCGUGAGGAAAGACGACCGCGGCGACCAGAACAACUCCAGAGCGAAGCGCCCUGCCGGCGCGGGUGCGCGCAGCUACCGCAGGGCGGGUAACGACCCCAGAUGGGUGACCCUAUGGCCCGGGGCGCCCGUGGUGCUGACCACCACCCUGGAGGACGUGGCGGAGGCGGGCUCCCAGGGAGUUGUGAGGGCCGUUUCGUCCAGUGGUGUGGAGGUGGAGUUUGAGGAGGACGCCGCUGCGUCCGUGGUGCCAAACGGGGAGAAGGGGUUGCCCCUCGCCGCCCCCGCCGCGUACACCGUCCCCACUGUACAGGGCUUACGCUUUGACAAGCUGCUGGUCGAGCUGCCCACGAAUGGCUGGGGCCGUAGCACGCUGCAAUACGCCGCCCUGACCCGCGCCAAAGGCUGGACGAGCUUGGCCUUCAAAGGACCCAUGACACCACAAGGGAAACGGAGCUACAGCUGGCAUCCCUACUAUUAAUAAAUAUGCCGUUGCGUUGUCAUUCGCAUUUUUAUUACAAUUUUCUAGAGUAAGAUAUUAUACAGGGACCACCCUGUAUUUUUUGUUUUGUUUAUCUUGACACGUUAGAUCGCAUAGGACCAUAAAAGGUCAAAAUUGCACGUAACUUCCUGCGACUUAUACAUGUCAUAUUUUUAUCUAGAAUAAGAUAUUAUAUUUGCCAUUUUGUUUAUCUUUACAUGUUAGAUCAUAUAGGACCAUAUUAGGUCAAAAUUGCACGUAAAUUUCUGAGACUGAUACGUGUCACAUUUUUAUAAUAAUAAAAGUCGUUGUUCUCA